AACCCACCUUUGAAUCAAAAUAAAACGUUCCUCUUAUUUGUGAAAUAAGCAUGCCCAUUUCAACUCCUACUCUCAAAGAAUCUGAAUCGAGAAUUGAUAAGAACCGGAAUCUAAAGGAUGAAUCGGAAUUGGAAUCAGAAUUGUUAAAAUCCAAACGAUGCCCAACCCUGUCCUAAGGGGGUUUGAGUAGGUCAGUGGGCCUACCAGCCUAACGGGGAAAAGCUUAUAAUGAUGCCAGUGCUUGCAUAACCUGUAUAUCAUUUCAUUGGUGGAGCAUGUUGUAAGGUUUAGGCUAACUAAAAUGGUAGUGGAGUAUUUUCAGUAAAGUAUAAUUGUAAUGAUCGCUUUACUGUUUGUAAAUUAAUUAUAAACUCAACUUCUUUGGCUUUGGCUCUGCCAAUCGCAGCAGAAGGAGGCGGGAUUAAGCGUCUCUGCCUGGGAAGCGAAAUUCAGGGCAGUAAAUUCCCAGCAUCCACCACGAACGAAUACGGUUAGCAAACGUGACUUCAAACUAGCGAGGUAAAUGUCAGCCGAGGACACAAACAGCAGUUUGUGCAGACGAUUUUGACGGAGCGGGGCGACAUGCUGUGACUGAUCGGUGUCCUCCAGUAGCAGCAACAAUGUUGCCCUCAACCAGCACCUUGGUCCGGGCUGCUGCCAAGCUGCUGCCGAGGCGAAAUUGGAGUCGAGGAUGCGUCUGGUGCCCGUGCAGAAACAUUUCUGUGAAACCAGGAGGGUUGAAACCAAAGACCGUUCCACCUCGGUACCUGGGCCAGCCCAGCCCUUACACUCAUCCACACCUCAUCAAACAUGGUGAGGUGACUCCAGGCUUGAGCCAGACAGAAUACGAGCUCCGCAGACACCGGCUGGCCUCACUUAUCGAGGCCCAGUCAGACAGGCUGGGACCCUCUGCCUCCUCUAGCACCCAUGUGGUCAUCGUGUUGUCCCAUCCGACCCGCUACAUGACCAAUGACAUCCCUUAUCCCUUCCACCAGAACCAGGAUUUUCUCUACCUCAGUGGCAUCCUAGAGCCUGACAGUGCUCUGGUUCUUUAUGGGAAAGGACGACCAGACCAGGCCAUCUUGUUUGUCCCCCGCAGAGACCCGGGGAGAGAGCUGUGGGACGGGCCCCGUUCAGGGAAGGAUGGGGCGGCUGCUUUGACCGGCAUAGAGAGAGUUCAUAGCACAGAAGAACUAGGUGUUGUGCUCAAGUGCCUUAAAGGCACUGUGCUGUGGUACGACAGUUCUCAGCCCGCCCACCCUCGGCUCCACCAGACCCAUGUGGUCCCCCUGCUGGAGGCGGGGUCGAUGCCGCACUCUCUCAGGCCCCUCGUACACUCUCUUAGGGCCAUCAAGAGCUCAGCAGAGGUAGCGCUCAUGCAAGAAGCAGGUCACAUCACAGCACAGGCUUUUAGGAGGACGAUGGCUCUGUCUCAAGGAGACGUAGAUGAAGCCGUGCUCUUUGCUAAGUUUGAUUUUGAGAAUCGGAUCCAUGGCGCCAACUUCCUGGCCUAUCCCCCUGUUGUUGCUGGUGGGAAUCGAGCCAAUACUCUGCACUACAUAAACAACAACCAGAUUAUCAAGGAUGGUGAAAUGGUGCUGCUCGAUGGUGGUUGUGAAUACUUUGGUUACGUCAGUGAUAUCACUCGAACAUGGCCAGUGAAUGGAAAGUUCAGUCCUGCCCAGGCGGAGCUGUACGAGGCCGUCCUGGAGGUCCAGCGCUCCUGUUUGUCUCUGUGCUCAGCGGGCGUCAGCCUGGAUCACAUCUACAGCACCAUGCUGGCUCUGUUGGGACGACAGCUCAGGCGGCUAGGCAUCGUCAAGGCCAGCACCAGCGACGCUGAUGUAUUAAAGGCUGCACGACGGUACUGCCCCCACCACGUUGGCCAUUACCUGGGCAUGGACGUCCACGACACUCCUGAGCUGUCCCGCUCACAACCUCUACAGCCAGGAAUGGCCAUCACUAUCGAACCAGGGUUGUACAUCUGUCAGGACAAUGACCAGGUGCCAGAGCGCUUUCGCGGCCUGGGCGUCAGGAUUGAGGAUGAUGUGGUGAUCCAAGACAAGGGAGGCCCUCUGAUCCUGUCCUCUGAUGCACCCAAGACCAUCGCUGAUGUAGAGAAGGCCUGUGCCCAGAGAUAGGGCAGGGAGAGGCAGACAAGUGACCAAGUGAGUCACAGGCAUCGAUGGCAGGCAGCGUGCUGCUCUUUUUCAACCGUCUCCACGGUGAUGACAUCGUCAAGCUCAGAGCCCAGGUACAUGAAAGGUGGGAGCACACAGCAACUUGCAACAAGGCCUCAAAAUGUAGAAAUCUGGCGUGGAAGAUCGUUGAUUUUUGUUGUCUAGCUAAAUGUUUAAAGAAACCGGUUUCAUGUUUGUGAAUGAUUAUGAAGAGCUCAUCAACAGUAAAGCGUGGAUUUAGUUGAGUGUUAGGCUGCAUUCACACCAAAUCCGGCAUUGCACCUAUAAGCAAAGGGUAGUGCAGCGGAGUGGGAGCGUCGCUUAAAAUGACCAAUCUGUGUCUCCAUUGUGUUCCCCAUGGUGCUAGCUUUUAGCCAUGCUGCUAGUAUGCCAGGUCCUACGAGGGUUUCUCUUUCCGUAUCGACGGAUUUAAAAAACACAUUGACUUUUAAUAACUAACCAGGAUGCAAGGCCUAUCGUUACCGAGGGUUUUAAACUGGUGCACAAGGCCAAAGUGAGUAACUAUACGUGAAACAUAUCGUUACACUCCAUUGUGUUUUGUCUGAACGCUGGUUACGUUGCUCCUGUUUCUACUUUUCACCGGAGAGUCGCUGAGCUUUUUUCCGGCAUCCACUGCAGUCCUCACCGUCGCAGCCUUAACGCAAUACCCACAUUAAAUUAAUGGGAAAACUGGCACUUCAGUCGCAAUGCCUGAUCUGGUGUGAAUGCAACCUUAUAGUGAAAACACACCGGGUGUGUAAGCAUCGCGUAGCGCAGCUAUUUUUUUAUAUUUUGGCGCCCAUGUUAUCCAAUCUGUCCGUUCAUACCGGGCGCGGAGAGGCCGUGUUGGCCCGUGCACUGCAGCGAUCGCGAACACAUUUCAAAAUAAAACACCUACAGUAUGUUCAUGGUGAUUUUGGUUGUCUUGACCUCACAGUGAGACAUGAGAUCAGGCACAUGGAGAGAGAGAGAGACAGACAGAGAGGAUUGCUUUGUGGCUGGCGCACAGAAAUAUGCGUCCGGUAUGAAUGGUCAGGCGUGCGAUCAGGCACGUGUGCUUUGCGGGCUUUACGCGCCACUUACGCGCUCGGUGUGUUUUCGCUGUUAUAGGGGUUACGGUGUGGCUUUGGAGCGUAUACUGCGCUGUAACUGCCGUAUUUCUCCUCAAAAAGGUAAUUACACAUCAGGGCUACAGCAAGACAACAUGGAGAUGAAUCUUGAUAAUGUGUAAUACAUUCAUCUAGUGUUAUCAUGGUGCUAUCAGCGGGUGAAAUCUGAUGCUGAACUAUAAAUAAAAACCUAGGAACAACCGUUAACCUCCUGCAUCAAGUAUAUAUUCAGUUGAAGACCCAGUGGUUAGAUCCAACAACCAUGGAAGCGUUUUCAUUCUUAAAAUCGAUUUGCUCCACAUCAUCUUUUUUUAUUUUUUUUUUUUUCAGAGUUUCCACCAUUAUGGCACACUAGGAUAUAAUGGUUUGUUUGUUUGUUCUUUCUCUCACUAAAAAAAAAACUUGUUUAAGCCUACGUGCACACACUUCAUUUGUCUCCUACACAAAAAAAGCAUAAUUAUUUCCCAGCUCAUGCUGCAGUACAAAAGCUCAAAACACCAUUGAACAUUCACUCACUGAACUGCAGGAAGGUCAGGAAUGACCACAUUAUGUCAAAUCAACAGACCACCAUGUACACCAUGCACACCAGUGAUGAAUAAAGAUGAACCUGUCUUAAAUAGCUGCUCCUGACAAACCUGGUAUGAUGGUAAUGAUUACACCAAUGCACUCAAAUGGCUUAAAAAGUGUACACUGAAAAGAGUUUGUGUGUGUGCUGUUGUGUCUUUUCAGCAGAGAGAAAAAUGUGAUCUAUUUUAAAGAAAAUGGUGUUUAUAUGUAUUAAAAAGAUGAGAUCUCUCAUUGUAUAUGUAAAUACAUACCUUUUUAUUUCCUUUUUGCUGACAAAACAAGGGAAAUGGAAUCAUGUUAAAUAAUUUAGGCUAGUAGUUGGAGUCCAAUAUGAUGAAAAUGAGUGGGUGGCCUAUAGUAGCCUUGGACUAAACUCUGUAACUUACCCCAGGACGAUGCUAUUUGGUUUGUGGUGCUCAAAGUCCCGUAAGGAGUUUGGAAAAAUUAAAACUUUAACAUUAGAAUGACACUGUAACCCACAAUAUUUCACAGACAUUGUCGUGACAGUCUUCAUUGAGAAUUUAGCCUACUCCACACAGACGAAAGAAAAUGUUCAAAGUCUGUAGAUUGUUGAAUUCUAACACCACAGCCACUGAAAAUGCUUGUUUCUGAUUUACUGCCACAGUCGGUACAUUAUUUUUGUUUGCUUUGAGUGUCAUGGCUCUUACAACGACUGGAUUAACCUGCUAGCAGGCCUGCUGUCCCUCCAUCUCUGUGCAUUACAUACACAACAUGGCAUCUUAAUUAUCUUUUGCCCAGAGACCAACCAGUACUUUUCUGUUGGCCCCAGGUUUGCUGUGUGACAAUUUUGUGGUAAUUUAAUUACAUGGAAUUCAGGAAUAUGCACCAGUUGAUACUGUGCCUUAGUGGUGCAUAUUCCCAGCACAUUUCCAAUUUAUCACAAAUCGAUGGAUUCAAAGCAAACAUGCGGCUUUUGCAACCCCUGGGCAUUUGGAGCCUUGUGGCAGUUUUCUGUUUUGGCAAAUUGGUAAUCCAGUCUAGCCUCACCAACCCUCCCCCAAAUAAAACUGUGUGCAGCCAUUUCCAGCAAACCA